AUGUCGGAAGAAGACAAUCAUCACGAGCAGCACCAGGUACAUAUCCAAGAUCAGAAUCAAGGGCAUGCCCAGGAUCAGCAUCAGGACAUAAAUCAGGACUUUACUCAGGAGCAAAAUCAACCUCCUAGUGACCUCGAUUUGUUCAUUCAUGCUUGUCAAGAGGGCGAGCUCGAUACAGUUCAAAAUUUAAUAUCAACCGAUGCGGUUGGUGUCAAUGAAACAAAAGAUGAUGGCAUCACUGGCUUGCAUUGGGCUUGUAUCAAUAAUCGACUAAAAGUUGUCAAAGCCUUGAUUGAAAAUGGAGCUGAUCCAAACAUCAAAGGUGGGGAAUUAAAUGCAACUCCACUUCAUUGGGCAUGCAGGAAUGGUUUAGUUUACAUUGUAGACUACUUGAUCUCAAAUACACUGGCUGACCCGAACUUGCGGGAUGCACAAGAGUACAACGCGUUGCAUUUGGCUGUUCAUAGUUCCAAUAUCAUGCUAGUUGCUUAUUUAUUGGCAAGCUGUUGUGAUGAAAAUAGUACUAAAAAGAUUUAUGUCGAUGAGCCGGAUGGGUCUAAUCGUACAGCCUUGCAUUGGGCAAGCUACCAGAAUGACAUUUUUUCAAUCGUUGCAUUGCUCAAGUACGGUGCUGAUGUCACCAAGAUUGAUGACCAGCAAUUUACUCCAUUGCAUUGGUCAUUCAUGAGAGGUUACAAGAAUGUCAUGAAGACAUUAUUGGAAGCUGGCUCUGACAUACACGUGAAAAAUGAUCAGAAUAAAGAUAGUUUUGGUGUAGCACAAGACAUGGAUUGUCUAUUCACUUGGAAAAAAGUAUUAUUAGAGUGCGGAAGAGAUCCAAAAAAUGAUUGGAAACUUAGAGAAAAUUGGAUACAGCCACGAAUGGGUAAGAUUAUUACGUUUCUUGCUCCUUACAUCCUUUUGCCAACCGCACUAGCAAUUUGCACAACAUCAACUGGACUCGCUUUUCCAAAACUUUUUCUAGCAGUGUCGUUGUUUGCAGGUGGGAUUUUUUUGAUCAAGCGUUUUAUCAUUUCUACUUAUAUUUAUGGAGACAACGAACUUCCAAAAAGUCCCAUCCUUGCUGGCAUUUUCUCCGCUACUGCAUUUUGGUGCAUCAUUGUCUGGCUAACAAGAAUUCUUCCUAGCAUUGUGCUUAAAAAUUUCAUUGCAAACGUUUUGCUAGGUGUGGUAAUUACAGUUUUUGUUUGGUCGUUUUUCAAAGCAAUGUUUAUAAAUCCUGGCUUUGUUCCUAUUCCAACCGAUAAUGCUGUAGUUUACCAACAAAUGAAGGAUCUCAUAUCCCUUGGCAAGUUUGAUACCGACCAUUUCUGUGUCAACACUUUUAUGCGCAAGCCAUUACGUUCUCGUUUCUCAAAACACAAUAAGAAAUUAGUGGCAAGAUUUGACCACUACUGCCCCUGGAUUUAUAACGAGGUUGGGGUGCGAAAUCACAAACUCUUCAUUACAUUUGUUUAUGCUUUGAAUGUGGCAAUCCUACUUUUUACGUAUCUUUCCAUCAAACAUUUUGACUACUUGAAAGACAAAUCUGGAUACGACUCCGAUGAUGAGGAGAAUGAAAGCUUUUUUUGCUCGCUACUCGGCGAUGACUUGUGUUAUGGUUACAAGAAUCACCAAUUCCAUUUCAACUUGAUUGCUUGGUGUCUUAUGCAAUACAUCUGGAUUGCAUUCCUUUGCGUUGUUCAAACAUUCCAAAUAUUGAAGGGACUUACGACAUGGGAGUUGAGCUCGUUGAACUCUCGUGCAGCGAGCCGCCAUCGCUUCAACCACGCCACUGUACCUGACACAUUUGAAAAUGCUGGAAAUGCACCUUCAACAACAAUGUCCAUGAACCACAAGCACAAAGAUUUCCAAACAUGUUUGCAUUUAUUAGGAAUCGAUCAGUUUGUGUUAACUGUCAAGAUGAGCAUUGCUUCUAUAUUCAAGAAAGAUAGUCAAACACAGUAUGAUCCCCUUCAUAUAGUUAUUCCUACCGAUUAUGGUAUGAAGCAAAACUGGUUGGACUUUUGGGUCAUUGGGGAGAUAAAGUGGAGAAAUGUGUUUUUCUUGCCAAUUGAUGGUGAAAAUAACUUGAAUGGCAAGGUUGUAGAUUAUUAUAAACUUUAUGAGUACCCAUCAAAGGAUCCAGGUAGUUCAGUAUAG